AUGGCAGCCCCCAGUAAAUUACAUUUCUACAGAGCGUUGUGUAGCAGAAUUGGAAUCACUGUUAUCGGAGGGCGAUCUCAAAAGACGUUGGUUGUGAAGACACUCACAAGAUGCCUAGCAAGUCGGGCGAGGGAAGCGCAGCAUCGGCGUCCGCACGCACCUUCUGCGCGGUCCUCUGCGGCAGGGGGCGCCACCGACGGCUACUCCAACGACGACUUUCAGCCGUUGAAGAUCCCGCUGCUUCGGCGGACGGACGAGGAGGAUGGUCGCCAUGGCAAUGCGCCGGCCCGCGUCCCGAAGAGACGCGAACCGCCCGAGCGUCUGCCCGACGACGUGCGGCAGUGGCGCCGCCUUGUGGCGGAGUUUGAGAGGAGACAGGAGAACGUGCGUGAUCUCAACGAACGUAACAUGAGGGCAUGGGUAGCAGACACCGUCACGCCGCUGCACCGGCUCCCCUACAUCGAGCAGCUGGCGGCGAAGCGCGGCAAGAACAUGGACGCGCUCAGCAAGGUCGCGCGCAUCCUCGGCGAUGAUAGCGUCCUUGACCUGCUGGAGGAGGUCAAGCCCUCGGCGUACGAACGAUACAUAAGAGAUUCGUCGCUACCGGCCUGCCACCUGGUGACAGAUGGCGGGUUCUGGCGAGACAUCGUCGUCCGAUCGAACCAAUCAGGCAAUCUCAUGGCGAUAAUCGUGGUGCAUCCAGGCAAUGUCGAACGAGAGAGACUGGAGGCAGAGAAAGAAAAGCUUUCCGAAUUCUUUCGCAAUGGGGAUGGCCAGGAAUGUGAGAUCGACUCCCUCUAUGUUCAGGAAUGGCAUGGCGUUGACAACGUAGAGUUUCUAUGUGGGAGAGCAGACGAUGUGCUGCAGCAUCUUGCUUCUGACCUCGCCGCCCGCGACGUCGUUGCCGUCGUCAACCCGUCGCGCGCCGGACUCGCGCCGCGCGCCGUGAGGGCGCUGCGUGGCUGUCCAUCCGUCCGCCGCGUCGUCUACGUGUCCUGUCACCCGGAGGGCGGCGCAGCGCGCGACAUCGUCAACCUCUGUCACCCGCGUCCACGCGACGACCGGCUCACCGGCGCCCCCUUCAGGAUGAGAAGAGCGGUGCCCGUCGACAUGUUUCCGCACACGCUGCACUGCGAGCUGGUGCUGGAGUUAGAGAGGUAGUCGUGGGCUAGCUAGAUGGAGAGGUAGCCGUGGGCUAGCUAGAUGGAUAGGUAGCCGUGGGCUAGCUAGAUGGAGAGGUAGCCGUGGGAUAGCUAUAUGGAGAGGUAGCCGUGGGCUAGCUAGAUGGAGAGGUAGCCGUGGGCUAGCUAGAUGGAGAGGUAGCCGUGGGAUAGCUAUAUAGAGAGGUAGUCGUGGGAUAGCUAGAUGGAGAGGUAGCCGUGGGAUAGCUAGAUGGAGAGGUAGCCGUGGGCUGGCUAGAUGGAGAGGUAGCCGUGGGCUAGCUAGACGGAGAGGUAGCCGUGGGCUAGCUAGACGGAGAGGUAGCCGUGGGCUAGCUAGAUGGAGAGGUAAGCGUGCAAGGAAUUUUGUUUAUAGUUUGAUCGAUAAUGUUUUAGAAUUCGUUUUAGAAAUUUUAUUUCCGAAUAAAAAUGAAAUAUACGUGCAUCGAU